AUGGCUCAAGUAAGCCUAUUAUUCUAUGCAAUUGUUCUGACAAUAUUCAUGGCUAUUAUUCCGGUUGCGAGUGAUCAACAUUCAUUGCCGAGGUUAUAUUUUCGGGGUAAUCAUUAUCAGCUGGGUUUUGAGACGGGUCGGACUUUUUCUCAGCGGAUUCGUUCAGCCUUCAAAGAGAGUAGAAGCUUGCAUCAAACUUUGUUACCAUUUUAUAAAACUGCUCAAGGUUACGUCCUUUUUAAGAAAUAUCUGCAAUCAGCCAACGAGACAUUUCCACACUACGUUAGAGAGAUCAAAGGUAUUGCGGAUGGAUCACGGAUUGCAUUCGAUCAAGUAUUUUUAAUGCAUAUUGAAAACGAAAUCGAGACAUACCUCAAGAAAUUUAAGAAUAUGACCCCAUCUUGUACUGACAUUCAUGUCAAAACAAACAAUCAUACAUUGCUUGGACAUAACGAAGAUGCAGAUAGUGCAGUAAGAAGAUAUGGUUAUAUAAUCACAGCCGAGAUUGUGUUAAGUAAUGACACAAUUAAAGAGAAAUUCACUGCUUACACAUAUCCUGGCUUAAUAUCUGGAAAUGCUUUCGGAUUUAAUAAUCAUGGUUUUUUAUUUACUUGCAAUGCCGUAUUUCCUAGGCAGACCAAUCAAAGUGCAUUACCCAGAAAUAUUCUUACUAGAGCGAUAUUGGCUUCAAGAGGAAUCGAUGAUGCAUUACAGUUAGUUAAGAACACUUCAGUUGCGGUUGGCGUUAGUAUUAAUAUGGGAGAUCUCUCUACAGGAAAACUUGUAAAUAUCGAACUUUCUCCAUAUCACGGAAAUAAAAUGAUUCUAGUUGACAAACACUACUACCACUUUAAUAUGUAUCAAAAUUUUAAUCCGCCGCAGUAUGAUGACCCUAGUUCAAUCCACCGUCGAGCUAGAGCAAAAAUGUUACCUUUACCCCCGGGCAAGAGUGGCAUUUUAUUAAUAUUAGGAGAUACCAAAGACCCCAAAUAUCCGAUAUAUAGGGAUGCUACCCCGCCGGAUCAUGAUUUAACUGUCGCAACAGGUUAUUAUUAUUAG